AUGAUCACGUACAUUAGCGCCAAAUUCAACUAUGUGAUCAAAUCAUACAAUCCCGAGAAACAUGUCUCCGUGAGAUAUCACUCCAUGCACAUCUCCACGGCUCACCAUAACCAGUCCGUAGCUCACAAGGAGAUCUCUGCCUUCAAGCAGCGUCCUAAGAACGAGACGAGGAUUGAGACGCAACUCGUGUCACACAACGUGGCACUGUCUAAGUUUAAUGCCAAGGACUUGAGGGUUGAGACGACGAAAGGGGUGAUUGAAAUGGAAGUGUAUGUAACGGCUAGAGUGAGCUACAAGACGUGGAUUUUUCGGUCUAGGAGACGUACGUUGAAGGCUGUGUGUACGCCUGUAAUGAUCAACGUUACGGGGAACUCGUUGGACGGAUUCCAAAGAGUUUUAUGCAAAACUCGUCUUUAG